UACGGGUUGCAAAACGUACACACUGAUGGAGAAAAAUGGCCGGGGGUGGUGGUGGCAGUGGAAAUGCCAAAAGGUUUUUAUUUGACGCCACGCCAGUCCGCUCUCCUCUAAGCCCUAAUUCUCGUACAAGGCUAAAAAGAAACAAUGCAUUAGAAUGUCGUAUUUGCGAAGAUAUUUUCACGUUACAAGGGGACAAGGUUCCACGCUUGUUAUCAUGUGGGCACUCUGUAUGCCAUGAGUGUUUAUCCAAAAUUCAAACUCACGAUUUGGUGAUUCAAUGUCCCUUUGAUAGGAUGCCCACGCAAAUGGGAGAUUCUGGUAUAUGGGGAUUGAAAAAGAAUUUUGCUCUGUUGGAACUUCUCGAACGAAUCAGCCAAAACAAAGAAGAGUCGGGUUUUUCUGAGUUAACUGUCGACGAACAAACAACAUUCACAAAAUGUGAUGAGGACAAUCAGCACAAAGCUACACUGUACUGUACGGUGUGUUUGACAAAUUUGUGUGAAAAGUGCGCCAAAGAGUCUCACACUGCGAAGACUUUAUCACUACACAAACAUGUAUCCCUGUCAGAAAAACCUAAAAUUAAUCCGCCAUGUUCUCAGCAUCCCAGUCAUGUGUUGGAGUUCGCAUGUUUAGAGGAAACCUGUCGUGAAAACCCUUUGAUGUGUUAUAUUUGUAAAGAUUACGGAAAGCAUAAAGGACACAAGCAUGUUCUUAUCGGGUCAGAAGCUGAUAACAUUAGAAAUUCCAUUACUAAUGCUGUACAACACGUAAAGACAUUCUCAGGUGAAGUGUCUGAGUUUGGAAGGAAGUUGGCAGAAAUGACAGAAAAGAUUGAAGGUGUUUCAGUCGCAGAAAAUAGUAGAAGUAAUAUUGGUACAGCUGAAAAAGCCAGACUGCGUGUGCAUGAGUAUUUCACAGACCUGCGGGACACGAUUCAGCAACAAGAGGACGAAGCUUUGCAUGUGAUUAAUACAUACGUUCGUGAGAAACUCUGUGCUCUAAGACAGCAACAGGAAGACAUGAAUGUGUUGGUGUCUCAGAUCUCCAACGUAUGUGUUCAGUGCGAUCACGCUCUCCAACGUAGUGAUGCCGAGGUGAUCCAAGCUCGUUCCAACAUCGUCACACUGCUGGACACCGUGCAACAACAACAACAAGUGUUCACUGACUUAGCCGUAUUGUGCACAGAAGAUCCAAACAUCCCAUUUGCUUUCACUAAAGACAAUCGUGUACACAUUGGGCCAAAAAUGGAAAUGAGGGUGGUCGCUUUGGGUUUGGAUAACGGAGGCAAAACAUCGAUCCUUUUUAAGUUGAAACAAAACGAGUUUGUACCGGCCAUAACCACGAUAGGCUUCAACGUGGAGACGAUCGAGCAUAAGAACGUCAAGUUCACAAUAUGGGAUGUCGGAGGUGUUCAGAAAUUGCGACCUUUGUGGAGACACUAUUAUUUAAAAACGCAAGCGGUGAUCUUUGUGAUAGACAGUACGAAUGCAGACCGACUUUCUGAAGCUCAUGAUGAACUAUCGAAACUUGUAGCUGAGAAAAGAUUGCAAGAAGCGUUAGUGUUAAUAUAUGCAAAUAAACAGGACCUCCCUAAUGCUAUAUCUGUAGACGAACUUCGCGACAGAAUUGGUAUCCACAGAAUCUGCUCUGGAAGAACGUGGACGAUGAUUGGUUGCAGUGCGCACACCGGCGAUGGGCUGCAAGAAGGUUUAGAUUGGAUGGCGAGACAAUUUUUGUCGGAGUUUGAACCAUAAAGACAACAACAACAACAACAACAGGAUGUUUAGUUUUAAAAUACCCGUAAAGGUAUGCCAGCAAUAUUGGUCGUAAACGAAGAAAAACGAAAGUAAAGCUUUAACCUCUGGGAGAAACAAGAUGUCGAGGAGGCGAGAUAGUUAUGUAGCGAGAUAGUUAUGUAGUCGAGGUUGUGUUACGGUUUACGUAAAAGUUAUCAAUGAUUCACGUGUAUUGCUACUUAUACUAAAGUUUAAAACUGUUUUUUUUUUUCUGUAAAUUUUAUUGUAUUGGUAUUCAAAUUUAUUUGUAAAUAACUAAGGUUUUCAAAUAAUUUAAAAUUUAGUAUA